AAGCCGACUCGCCAAAAUCCCUGCUCAUCAAGUAAUCGAUCGGUCAAAAUCCCAAUCCUCUGACGGCGAGAAGAAGAGACGUUGACGCCAAGGGCUGACGUAUAGGCGGCAAAAUCAUUAUAAAUAAAAAGGGAGUUCAAUUAGAGUUGUCCUCGCGCCCUUCUUAAGGUCUUUGAAGCCACUGGUAAUUUAGAGAAGAGAAUAAAAGAGAAAGAUGGCGGAUUGGGAGGAUGAAGAGUUUGAACCGUCACUCCCUAGUUUGAAAAAGGAGCAGCCAAAAGGUGUGUGGGAUGACGAAGAUGCAGAUGAUGAAGAUGUGAAGGAAUCAUGGGAAGACGAAGAAGAACCUAAACAGGCACCCAAACAAGAGCCUAAAGAAGAAAAAACAGCAAAACCUGCUAAUAAGUCUGCAGGAAAAAAGACAAAGCAACCUGAAGCAAAGGCAACAGAGGUAGCUGACCAAGUUCUUGCAGAUCCUGUUGCAGAGAAACUUCGGCAACAGAGACUUGUGGAGGAAGCUGAUUACAAGGCAACGGCAGAAUUAUUUGCUAAGAAAGGUGAUGAAAAAUCUCUGGAUAAUUUUAUUCCGAAAUCAGAAAGCGACUUCUUGGAGUACGCUGAGCUCCUUUCCCAUAAGAUUCGGCCAUAUGAGAGUUUUCACUACAUAGGCCUUGUCAAAGCUGUAAUCAAGCUUUCUCUCACUUCAGUUAAAGCAGCAGAUGCAAAAGAUGUAGCUUCAUCAAUUACUGCAAUCGCAAAUGAAAAACUCAAAGCAGAGAAAGAAGCUAAUGCUGGGAAGAAAAAGCAAGGUGGAAAGAAGAAGCAACUUCAUGUGGAUAAGCCCGAUGAUGAUGUUGCUGCUGGUCAUUAUGAUGAUGUAGAUGACUAUGACUUUAUGUGAGCAACAGAAAAAUUCCUUUUUGUGUAUCAAUCUGAGGCUGAAGGUUCUGCGGCAUUAGCUUGUUAGAGAGCCAAAUUUCAAGCAUUUGGUGUUUUUGAUAUUUCUCAAUUAUUUUGGGGGUGUACUUCAAUAUUUCUUGAACAAUAAAAAGGAAGGAUACUAGGCUAUGGGAGGCUGCUGCGAGAUGCCCGUAGCAUUAUUUUUUUUUGACCAAAGUUUACAAUGUAGCAAAUUAACUGUGUUUGGAUUAAACAUAUUGGUUUUGUGACGAUCGGAUCGUGUUUGAGACGAUUGAAGAUCACAUUUUGGUGAUUCAACUAUUUUUUUA